CGAGGCUGCGCUCUACGGAAAUAAAAUCUCAUUCGAACUUCCGACGCUCCUCCGGUGCAGGUGGCCGAUAUAGAAAGCGUUUGCUGCUGUGCCGAUGGGUUUGAGUUGAAGAGUGCUUGAAUCGCAAGGUCAAGCAUGAGGUAAAGCAGAGGCAGACAGUGGCUCCAGCACCAGCCAUGGAGGGACUCUACUUUGAAGUGAAGCCCAGAAAAGAUGAACUCCUCAGGCCUAUGAGCUCCGAGAAACCUCCUCGUCAUUUAACCUCAAACCAUCGCUCCUGCCCGUCACUCUCACGUAUCUCCUCCUCCAUCUCUGCUGAGAAGAGGAUUACAACAUGGAGGGGAAAGUUAGAGGAAGAAGGAGAAGAAGAGGAGGAAGUACGGUACAGACUGACAUUGAUCGGGUCCUUACCUGUGCAUCCACUGACCACGAUGGCCAUGUUACCCUGGGUGGUGGCUGAGAUCAGUAGGUGUCAUCCUGUGGAGAAGGAAGUGACUGCUGGCUCUGUAAGUCCAGGAAGAGGAGGUCAGUCUGAUCCUUCUACCUGUAGUCACACGGUUCUCCUGUGUGUGUCUGCAUCAUGGGUGCGAUGUAUGUCUGUUCUGGGAGACAAAGUUGUGUGGGACCCUCUGACACACACAGUGCUUUUUGAAUGUCGGCCUCACCAGGUGACAAAACUCAUUCACAACAGUCAGGAGCCACGGAGCUUUGGCUGCCUGGUCAAAGAAGCUCCAAACUGUGCCUGCUAUGUGUUCCAGUGUCAGGACAGCACCAAGGUUCCUGAGAUCAUCAGUUCGUUGAGGCAGGCUGGCAAGAGCUCGGCACGCAGCGAUGACAGCAACAACAUUUCCAACAAAACUACCACCGUAGGCCGUGAUCCCUCUGAAACAUGCUCCUCUUCUCACUCCACAAUGAUAGCGUCAGUGGCACCUCCUUCUGCUGUUUCUCCGACAACCUUCGCCAAGAAGUUUGAGGUGCUGUUCUGCGGCCGUGUGAGUGUUGCUCACAAAAAAGCCCCUCCUGCCCUCAUUGACGAGUGCAUCGAGAAGUUCAGCCAGUUGCAUGGCUCAGGGACGGCCAUAAAAGGAGAAAAUAGUGGGGGGUUGGUGGGCGGAUUGAGGAGGGCUUUAACAUUGCAAUCUAAUGGACUCGGGAGUGGUUCAGUUUGUAAUAAUGCGGCGGGGAGUCCAACUGCUGGGAAGCGUCCUGUCCUGUUUAAGAGAGACCCCAGCUUUCCCUGUCUGCAGGCCCUGGAUGAGAAUGGACUCUCACCUGAAAUCUCCCACAACAACACUACUGAUGCACACACCCACUCUGCAGGAGUACAGCCCACCAGCCUGCAGGAGAACAGGACCAUGCUGUUCACGGUUGGAAGGUCUCAGAUCUUCUUGGUCAGUCCAGACACUAAGAAAGUUGCAAUAGAGAAGAGUUUCAGAGAAAUCUCUUUCUGCUCACAGGGUAUCCGUCACGUGGAUCAUUUUGGCUUCAUUUGCAGGGAGACAGUGGAAGGAGGGAGCUGCCACUUUGUUUGCUAUGUUUUCCAAUGCACUGAUGAGUCACUGGUGGAUGAGAUCAUGUUGACCUUGAAGCAGGCCUUCUCUGUGGCAGCGCUGCAGCAGAAUGCAAAGACCCAGAGCCAGCAGUGUGACAGCUGCCCCAUGCAGCAGCUUCACAGGCUGUGUGAGAGAAUAGAAGGACUACAUCCGUCCAAAACCAAGCUGGAGCUUCAGCGGCACUUGGCCACUCUGGACAACCAGGAGCAGGCUUCAGUGUUUGAAAACACUAUGAGGGCUCGUCCUAAGAGUGAUCAGGAGGAGAAUGAGUUGGUAAUGACCUGUUUGAGGAAUUUGUAUGAAGAGAAACAGAAGAGCCAUCAGCACACACUGUCUGCAGACAGCAAACAGGUGUCUGAGGAGACAGCUCCAGCCCCAGUGGAGGCGCAGCAGCAGAGUAGCAGUCGGCAGCGACUUGAGCAGUUCAAAAGCCGAGCCAAGCGCUCUCUCACUGAGUCCCUGGAGGGGAUCUGGAAGGGGAGCAGCAGAGCCAGAGCUCAGAGGGAUAACAGCAUAGGGAGUGACAGUGGCUCUUCAGUUUGUACAGUCAUCAGCAGUCCCGAGCAGCCCUCUCUUGAUGACCCCUUGCCUGCCUCCUCCCACCUGCGACCCAACAGCCCACUUAGGUGCCAUAACUCAACAGGAGACCUGAAGCGUCUUGACUCCUCUCUUCAUCUUUCUCCCUCUUCCUCCUCUCUACUGGGUGACCCUCAGCCCCCCGGCUUCCGUAAACGGGCCAGCACCUUCAGCCACCCUCCCACCCCCUCCUCAGCAGAGUACUCACUAGAGCACACACUAAAUCACUCUCCACAGGAACCUUCUGCAACUACCAAGCCAAAGCUCGUACGACACUACUCAGUUAGCACCGACACUCCUCACCAGAGCAAACAUGUCCCAACCAACUCCACCUUUCCUCCUGUUCCUCCCUGCCCUGCAUCUCUCUCUCCUCCCCUCACUCAUCAUCCUUCCUCACCUUCUGCUGGAGCUCGGCUUAAUAAAAGAAGUCCACUGGGUGGUCUGCGUGCUCGUCUUAAUUCAUCCUCCUCUGUCCCUAAUUUUCUGAAAUUUCAAUUUCUGGCUCCUGUCCAAGAAAAUGAUUUCCCCGAGCUGAAGAGCAGUGAUGUUGCAGCUCUGUCCACACCAAAUAAAGCCUGCGAGGUGGGGGAAAGCCCUCUGCGCAGCCACCGGCACUCAUGGAGGCAGCAGAUCUUCCUACGGGUUGCUACUCCUCAGAAGAGCACUGAAAACAUUGAGCGAGGAGAAACCUGCCUUGAUGCGGGUCGAGUGUGUGGUGGACAGGUGGGACUUGGAGGAGGUGGGGACUUGUCCAUGAGCAUAGUGCCUGAGGAGAGGACUAAGAGAAGCAAGGAGGAGCUGAGGGAGCUGUGGAGGAAAGCCAUCCUGCAGCAGAUCCUCCUGCAGAGGAUGGAGAGGGAGAAUCAGAAACUACAGGCCUCUGAGAGCGACCUGCAGAACAAGCGCCUGAAGCUGGACUAUGAGGAAAUCACCCCCUGUCUGAAGGAGGUCACUCUGGUUUGGGAGAAGAUGCUGGGAACUCCUGGGAGGGCCAAGAUUAAAUUUAACCCUGAGACUAUACAUGCUGCUGUUGCACAAGGUGUCCCACGGCAGCAUCGCGGCGAGAUCUGGAAGUUCCUUUCUGAACAGUACCUGCUCAGGCAGACCGUCCCCUCCAGACCACCCACCAAUCACAUGCCCUACAAAGAGCUGCUGAAACAGCUGACGUCACAACAACACGCCAUCCUCAUAGAUCUGGGUCGCACUUUUCCCACUCAUCCAUAUUUCCAAGCCCAGUUGGGUGCAGGACAGCUGUCUCUGUUUAAUUUACUGAAGGCCUACUCCCUGCUGGACCCUGAGGUGGGCUACUGCCAGGGCCUGUCCUUCAUUGCAGGAGUGCUGCUGUUACACAUGGGGGAGGAGGACGCCUUCAACAUGCUCAAAUUUCUUAUGUUUGAUGUUGGGCUCCGUAAACAGUACAGGCCUGACAUGAUUAUACUGCAGAUUCAGAUGUACCAGUUGUCACGGCUGCUCCAUGACUACCACAGGGACCUCUACAGCCACCUGGAGCAGCAGGAGAUCGGACCUAGCCUGUACGCAACCCCCUGGUUCCUUACUGCCUUCGCCUCACACUUCCCCCUCGGCUUUGUGGCCCGAGUCUUUGAUAUGUUGUUCCUGCAGGGGUCAGAGGUCAUCUUCAAGGUGGCGCUGAGCCUACUGGGGAGCCACAAGCCUCUGAUCCUUCAGCAUGAGAACCUGGAGUCCAUAGUUGACUUCAUCAAGACUACUUUGCCCAACCUGGGCCUGGUGCAGAUGGAGAAAACCAUCAACCAGGUUUGCGAGAUGGAUGUGUCCAAGCAGCUGCAGGCUUAUGAGGUGGAGUAUCACGUCCUGCAGGAUGAGCUACUGGACACGCCUCCUACCCUCAACCAACACCAGAGAGCUGCACAGCUGGAGAGGACCAAUCAGAGCCUCCGACAGCAAAACCUCGACCUGCUGGAGGAGCUGCAGGUGUCUCACGCACGCGUCUGCAAUCUGGAGAGCCGGGUGGAGGCUUUGGCGGAGUCAGAGAGCCAGCUGAAGCAGCAGGUUUCUGCUCUGCAGGAGGAGAAGAAGCAGCUGGCGAGCACCGUAACUCGCCUUCAAGACCUUCUCAUUAGCCUAGGCAUUCACACCACCCCUGAUGGACACACACUCCCCUCGAACUCAGGCAGACUCACAGCAAAGGUGGAGGGGCUGGUAAACAGGACUGUGGACUCUCCUCCCCACCCUCUGGCUCUUCCAGAGGGUUCAUAACCACACCUGAUAAUUUUCCAAGAGGUUAGGUUGACCUGAUGGGGUGUGGAGGUGCUGAGGAUGAGCAGGGUAAAGGAGACGUUCAGACGACUCAGAACCUCCACUUUUAUCCUCCUAAAUGAUGAAUGUUUUAUUGAAAGAGUAAACACUGAAGAAGUUGGACCUAACAGAGGAUAGGAAUGGAAAUAGAACAAAAAUGGGAACGAGGUUAAAGAGAAAGUAAAGUUUUAAGGAUGGAACCCUUUAGUAUUAUCCUAAAACAUCACAAGUGCAUACUUCGUACUCUGUCAGAAAUAUAAAUGAACCUUUUUGUGUUGUUUUUGUUCAGACAAACAAUCCCCAAAGAUAGCACUGUUCCUCUGGGCCUCUACUGCAGUUACAUUUGCACUUGUACAUCUACAUCUUGAACGUCUGUGAUUGUUGUCAUUGCGUGUUUUAGUUUUUGUGUUUAAGAUGCAACGCGGCUUAAAAAAAGCCAAAGAAUGUUCGAAUUAACACCAAACAAGCUCAAACAAAUAAAAUAUUAUUCAUUUCCCUGCAUAUGAUAAUGUAAGGAUUACAAAGAUUUAAUGUUUCCAAAGAAAAGAGAUAAAGUGAUGAGGGAUAAACUUCAUGAGAGGUUGUCCUCUCUUCUAACAUAUAUAUACACAUAUAGCAUAAGCUAAAGGUAUCAGAGCUUGGUGCUCGUAAUCAGAGGUGAACUGUUUUUGGUUCUCCUCAGUAUUCCAAAGUUUGUUUCUUGAUCCUGAACAUUUUCAAGUGUUGGAGGAAGAGAGACACAAUAACUCACAUCCUGUUUAUUUCACCUUUGUGUACAAUCCAUGUGGGCAGGAGGGAAAUACAUGCAGGUUCAGCAGAAAAGUCAAAGUCAUGCCUUUUUAAGGAUCAGUUACUUUGAAUUAGAACAAAACACACUUAAAGUCUGAAUCUUUACUAUUACUUUAUUCAACACACUGAAUUCCUUCAGGCUGAGCUGCUGCUCAAUGUGUUUCUAUGUUCAUGUGUACUAUGUUACUGUGUGUGCACUUCACAAAUAUGUUGAUUUACACUGUAAAGAUAUUUUGCUUUUACUUCAAACUCUCCUUGCACAUUUUGUUGUAAUUGAUCGUUGUUAUUCUGUACUUUAAAAUACAUUUCAUAUCCUUUC